AGUAUGAAUUAUUAUUCUAUGAAUAGUAAAAGUUAAGUUUAAUAACUGUCUAAUAUUAUGUAUUAAAUUAAAAAGAAAGGUGAACCAGUGUCCUUUAAACUUGAAAUUUUAAUAGGGAAGUGGUUGGAAUGUGAUACCUAUACAUAAUUUUAAUAAACACUUUUUAAUUUAAUGAGUGUAAAGUCAACAAUACAAAACAUAUUUUUAUAAAAAAAGAUAUUGUAGAUAAUAAUUUUAGAUAAAAAAAUGGAUUUAGACGAAAUAUGUGAAAUCCUCGAAACGUACAACGGUCGUGAUAAGAUAAUUCGAACAUUAUGUUAUUCAACGAAAAUGUUUUCGGGGCUAUCGAAAGAUCCCUUAACAUCGAAACGAUUCAGUACUUUUAGUAAACAAAUGUCAGCCACACGUGCUGUUUUGAGAAUGUUAGAUGACUUACCCAUGUUACAAACUUUAUUAGCAUAUGGAUUAGGCAAAAAAGAGCCUGAUUCAUAUAUGUCUUGUAUGGGUGUACUUCGGAACGUUAUUGAUCAAUUAUACUAUCCAAUUGAAAAAGUUGCAUGGCUUGCGGAGCAUGAUUUAAUAAAUAUACAAAAUCCUAGUGCUUGGGAUACAGCUAGCUCUGUUUGUUGGGUGGCCUCUAUUUACCUUGGACUUAUGAAGUCAAUUCGUUACAUAAAUGUUUUACAGAAACAUAAACUUUGCCUGAAAAGUAAUCCUAAUGCAAGUGCCGAAUUAUUAAAACUGAAUAUGUUACAACAAUUAGAAAUUCUUAGUGCUGUUCGAAGUUGUUUUGAUUUUGUACACGCUGUAAAUACAUUACCUGCUGGAUAUUUGUGGUCAAGUCGUUUAAAUUCAUGGCAAGUCGGUCUUAUUGGAACAAUAUCAUCUAUUAUGGGUAUAUGGCAAUUAUUGUGGAAACGAUCUAUAGCAAAAAAUCGUAAAUUGUAACAAUCGUAUUCGUCAUAUUGCGUGAAAAUAUUAUUUUUCAUAUUUUUUCAUGGAAUUAAGGUGUUAAGGGGUUUGCUUUUUUAAAAGAAUAAUUGUAUAAUGAGAAUUUUCUUCAGUGUGGGUCAGAUUUUGUAUUUUAGAGACUAUUAAGAGUAAUUUAAAUAAAAAUGGGGGGGGGGGGGGUAGUUCUUCUUGGCAAUCUUUGACAAUCUUUACACACCAAAAAGAGGGAAACUAAAACAUUCGACGGAUAUAAAGUUUUUACAUUAACCCAUUACCACAGGAAAAGCCACAAACUCCCGUUACGUUGUUUUUGUCACCGCCCUUAAUCUUACAAAAAAGUUGCC